AUGGAACCUCGUCGCACGUCAAGCGUUUAUUCCGACACCUUCGAGCUCGAUGACCUGCUGCUGAGACUCACGAAGCAGGCUGAUGAACAGUAUGACACGGCCAUACCCCUGCUACUCCAGGAGAACAUGACUCUCUGUCGCAAGCUCACGGCGACGCGUCGGCUGUGGAGGACCAUGCUUGGCCUGGUGCGGGAGCUUUUCGAGUUGGCAGAUCAGCUGCAUGAGUUGCUGAGGGCGACAAGGUCGACAUUGGAGCAGGAAAGAAUCAGCUAUCUGGCAAACUGCACCGCCUUCUAG